AUGGCAGCGGAUAAACUCGAAGUUCCUGAAGCCCACACGUUCCUCCUGUAUUCUGCGAGCGGAGAAAUACAAACAGCUAGUUUCCCUUUCAUCGACAACAUAUACUGCAAAAUCAACAUCGUUCAUGGGAAGGACUGGCUCUUGUCGAGCGGCAGCGAAGAGGACCUGACCCACGUGACGAAGAAAACCCGGGGAUCGCAAAAUCACUUCGUUUUCAAUCAUCCAUUCGACGUGACCUAUAAAUUCACGAAUCCAUUCGGAUGGCCGCAAUUGAUUUUGAGCGUGUAUGGGCUCGACACUCUCGGAAACGAUGUAGUCCGAGGCUACGGAACUGUCCAUCUACCGUGCAUUCCUGGAAGACACUCCCUGCGUGUGCCGCUGCAAGCUCCGGAGUCAUCGUCAGUCAUCCAGAGUUUGAGCGCCUUGAUAACGGGUAAACGUCCGGAGCUCGUCGAAGCUAGAGUAUUCGCAGAUGAAUCGACUCGACAGC